AUGCUUGAGUUGAACAAGAGGAACAUGAAUAAUGAAGAUGGUAUUCAUGCAGCAUUUGAAAUUAUGAGAAAAACCAACGAAUUUUCAGGAAAUUUUUUAAAAGAAGCAAGUCUGAUUAAAUUCAUUCCUAAUAGUAUCAGCGAGAAGCUAAUGCAUAUAAUGCCUAUACGUCCACAUUUGAUAGCUACGCAAAAGGCAUGCAAACAGACAAAAGCAGAUUUAUGCUGGACAGAAAAUGGUGUUUUACCUGAUAAACUAACAUUAUUAGAUUUGAAUAUUUUGACACGAUUCGAAAUAUGUGAUCAACCAGAAUUAGAAACAAUAAUACAAUGUAUACAAAAAGUUUCCCAACGUUUUUCAAAUAUUAACGAAAUCACUAAAGAGAACUAUUUAAAUUUAUUAAGUUUAUAUCAAGAAUGGUGUCGUGCAUUUAUUGCGACCGAUGAAAAAAGUAAAGCAAAAUUGCAAAAUUUAAAAUUCAUACCUGUGAAGUGA